CUGUCUCCAGCCAAAGCCAAACCAACCAAAAGCCCUCGCGACGCGUCUUCCCGGUAGAUCCACCCCCUCCGUAAAUAACCCGGUCGCCGUCUCCACCUCAUCAUCCCUGCAGUUGUGGAUCAGUUCGUCCUCCGUCUCUCUCCACAAGUCUCCUCUAGGCGCCAAGCAAUGACAAGGUCAGCACCGCCGGCCUCUCCUCCGGCGCCGAAGCCCGUGCUGCGCGGGAGCCAGCUGGAGCAGCUCCGCGAGAUCUUCCGGCGCUUCGACAUGGACGGCGACGGCAGCCUGACGCAGCUGGAGCUGGGGGCGCUGCUGCGGUCGCUGGGCCUGCGCCCCACGGGGGAGGAGGCCCGCGCGCUGCUGGCGGCCAUGGACUCCAACGGCAACGGCGCGGUGGAGUUCGGCGAGCUGGCGGCCGCCAUCGCGCCGCUGCUCACCACGCAGACGCACCUCGUCGACCAGGCCCAGCUCCUGGAGGUGUUCCGCGCCUUCGACCGCGACGGCAACGGCUACAUCUCCGCCGCCGAGCUGGCGCGCUCCAUGGCGCGCAUCGGCCAGCCGCUCACCUUCGAGGAGCUCACGCGCAUGAUGCGCGACGCCGACGCCGACGGUGACGGCGUCAUCAGCUUCAACGAGUUCGCCGCCGUCAUGGCCAAGUCCGCGCUCGACUUCCUCGGCGUCGCCUGAUGCCCUCUGAUGGACCGAUCGAUCGAUCGGUCUCGCUCACCGCCCGCCGCCGUAACCCCGUGGCCCUGUCCCUCGCCCGCCGUUGAUUACCUGUUCU